GGGUCACCAGGCAUCAGGUCAUUUGGCUCGACAGCGGGCAGCGCGUCAUCUGGCAAGGCAGUGGGCUCCGAGUCAACAGGCACGACAGUGGGCACCGGGUCAUCAGGUACCGGAUUGUCUGGCUCGACAGCGGGCAUCGGGUCACCAGGUAUGACAGCGGGCACUGGGUCACCAGGCAUCAGGUCAUUUGGCUUGCCAGCGGGCACCGCGUCAUCUGGCAAGGCAGUGGGCACCGGGUCACCAGGCAUUGGAUCGUCUGGCUCGACAGCGGGCAUCGGGUCACCAGGCAUCAGGUCAUUUGGCUUGCCAGCGGGCACCGCGUCAUCUGGCAAGGCAGUGGGCACCGAGUCACCAGCUACGACAGCGGGCUCUGAGUCAAUUGGCAGGACAGCGGGCACCGGAUCAGGUACCGGAUCAUCUGGAUCAACAGCGGGCAUCGAGUCAACUGGC